UUUUAUGGAAUAAGUUGAUGCAUCGCAUUGCCAAAAACAUUUGUUUCCUCUACCAAUGCGUGCAGAACUGCGGCAUCUGAACAGAUGAGAGACGAUUAGUCUUAUUUGCUCAUUCACCGCAUAUCUAAGUUGCCAGAAGAAGACUAUUGGACGUCAUCAGCUAAGAUCUCCUCUCCAAAUCCAGCAUUCACAGACUAUGAGUCAGUUAACCUGUGCAUUGCUGUGGUUAUUCUCUCUAUUGCUGGUGACCCGGGGUGUGUUUGCAAUGGUGCUAUUUAAUGCAACUGAUCUGGGCGUUCUUCUGGAGAAGUACCAGGAUGAUGAUGGAGACUGGGCGGUGGGGAGACAACGAGGAAAGAGGGCCAUCACUGCCAGUGACAUGCAGGCCAUCCUGGACCUUCAUAACAAACUCAGGGGACAGGUCUACCCACCAGCUUCAAAUAUGGAAUACAUGGUCUGGGACACUGAACUGGAGCGGAGUGCUGAGGAAUGGGCCGAGACCUGUCUGUGGGAACACGGUCCAGCUGGCCUGCUGCCUCACAUUGGUCAGAAUCUGGGAGUUCACUGGGGAAGGUAUCGACCGCCUACUUCUCAUGUACAGGCCUGGUAUGAUGAGGUCAAAGACUACUCAUUUCCAUACCCACAGGAAUGUAACCCAUACUGCCCUUUUAAGUGCAGUGGUCCAGUCUGUACUCACUAUACUCAGCUUGUUUGGGCAACAAGUAGUCGAAUUGGCUGUGCGAUCAAUGUGUGCUACAACAUGAACGUGUGGGGCCAGAUCUGGGCAAAGGCUGUUUAUCUCGUGUGCAACUACUCCCCAAAAGGUAACUGGUGGGGUUACACUCCGUAUAAACAUGGCACCCCAUGCUCCGCCUGUCCACCCAGCUAUGGAGGAGUGUGCAGAGAAAACCUUUGUUAUAAAGGUGAUGGAACAAAUAGUCAAAGCCCACGUGAGGAAACAGAGGAAAGAAAUUCUGUAGAACCAGAGGCCCCUCACAGCCCUGGACCCCGUUUACGGGCCCCAAGUCCAACCAAACGCCCAAAUGUAGUCGUGAGCGAAGAACAGAUGUCCCAGAUUGUGACAUGCGACACAAAGCUAAGAGACCAGUGUAAGGGCACCACAUGUAAUAGGUACGAGUGUCCUGCUGGAUGUUUAGACAGCACAACAAAAGUGGUUGGAACAGUGUAUUAUGACAUGCAAUCCAGUAUUUGCCGGGCAGGCAUUCAUUACGGUGUCAUUGACAACGAUGGAGGUUGGAUGGAUGUCACGAGACAUGGCAGAAAGGACUUUUUCAUCAAAUCAUACAAAAAUGGAGUUCAGUCUCUUGGGAAGUACCAGAGUGCCAAUGCAUUCACAGUAUCAAAAGUGACAGUAAAAGUUAUCACAUGUGCGACUACUGUUUCUGUGCUAUGCCCUUACCAAAAGCCUGCAAGUCACUGUCCAAGGAUUUACUGUCCUCGGAACUGCAUGGAAGAAAAUCCCAACCUUUCCAGAGUCAUUGGCACCAGAAUUUAUUCAGAUAAAUCUAGUAUAUGCUGGGCGGCAAUUCACGCUGGCGUCAUAAACGACGAGUCGGGUGGUUACAUCGACGUGAUGCCCUUGGACCCUAGACAGCUGUACUUUUCUUCAUACCAGAAUAGCAUCGUCUCAGAAAGCCUGCAAAACCCAGUGGGAGGAAAAGCAUUCAGAGUAUUCGCAGUUAUUUGAGCGUGUGCUGAAAUUGUGGUCACUCAUCAGCUCAGUUCGCCAAGUCUGGUGAUUAGGUUGUAAUGGGCCCAUCAUGAGUGCCUUUCUGCUCUAAACCAGCAUAUAUUUCCUCUCUCACAAAAAUAUUUGCUCUAUAUGGGAGUCUCUGUAUUGCAUUAAGUUCAUAGUCUUUGUCUAAAAGCUUGUAAGGAAUCUGUCAUACAGGGAACAUUGUGUUUGUAUUGCAGAGAAAAACACUCGUUUUAUAUAAAUAUAUGUAUGAUAUCUUCUUGUUUAAUUACGUGUUGUGGAUUCCUCUAAAAGUUCUCAUUAUUUUAUUGUCUUUUGCAUAUUUAUUUUGAUAGUUUUGUGCUUUAGGGCAACAAAGGACUGCUGAUACACUCUAAAAAAAAUGUGGUUCUUGGCUCGUAAUCAUACGCAGCCAAUCAUUUAAGUGCUACACCAUUGGUGCUUCAGUGGUUCUUUACAGGGCUUAACAGGUUUUUUAUAUGGAUGGUUCUUCAACGGUUCUAUAGAACCUCAGUCAUCCCAAAUAACCGUUGAUGAAGAACCUGAUUACGAGCCAAGAACCACUUUUAGUGCUAUAUAGCACCAUUUACGGUUUUGCUAAUGUUUGAGUUUUGCUAAUUAUUUUUUAUGAUAAUGAAGAAAGUGGAUACAACCCUGCAGGGCAGGGAUUGACAUCAGAGUCCAACAAUUGUAUGUGACAUAUCAAGGUCGUUACACAUUGUGUAAAUAACUUGUUGUAAAUAGCUUGUUAAUAGUAUUAAUUGUAUGAGGUGCUUUAUUGUACUG